ACGAACGAACACUCCGCUACGGCAAGCCGUGGCGUAGAGCCCAACUCAAGUCUGACGCCCCCUCCCCCGCCCCGAUCUUCUUCUCCGUAGCCGCAGCAGCGCCGGCGGUGGAGGCCCCCGAUCCGAUCCCCACCGCGCCGGCUUCACUCACUGCUUGAGCUCCAAGCGUUCUGAGGGUGCAAGGUUUGUGAGGAUGCCGAAGGCUGACGGGGAUGCCAAGCUCCUGAUCCAGUCCCUGAACAAGGCCUAUGCUGCCACGCCCACGAAUCUCAAGAUCAUUGACCUGUAUGUGUUUUUUGCCAUGGUGACUGCGCUUGUUCAGGUUGGUUACAUGGGAGUAGUUGGGUCAUUUCCCUUCAACUCGUUCCUCUCAGGUGUCCUGUCAUGCAUAGGAACUGCAGUGCUUGCUGUGUGCCUCCGUAUUCAAGUCAACAAGGACAACAAGGAAUUCAAGGAUCUUCCUCCAGAAAGGGCCUUUGCAGAUUUCGUCCUGUGCAAUCUGGUGCUCCACCUGGUGAUCAUAAACUUCCUCGGAUAAGCCACUGUCCUAUGAGUUUUUUAGAUUUUGUAGUGUCCUAAUGUUUGAGACUGUCAUCAUGUUCGAUGUUCAUGUGGUACCGCACACCAUCUAUGUAAUCCGAGAGUUUCUCUGUGAACUAUAAUAAUUUCGUGAAUUUAGUGCUAACAACA